AUGGCCGGUCGCAUUACCCACUCAGAAGCACAGCUGCGUCCAGAUCCGAAGUUCAAUGACAAGGUUCUGGCGAAGUUCACCAACUGCAUCAUGUACGACGGCAAGAAGACUGCCGCACUCCGCAUCAUGUACGACGCGAUCGACGUGAUCGACGAUCGUCUCAAGAAGCAGCCGGACGCUGUUGAGGGAUGCGAGAACGGUCUGCAGGUCUUCCGCAAAGCGGUUGACAAUGUGAAGCCUUACGUUGAAGUCCGCUCGAAGCGUAUCGGUGGUGCGAACUACCAGGUCCCGAUGCAGGUCAAGCCGAAUCGUCAGCAGUCGCUGUCGUUCCGCUGGAUCAUCGCGGCGGCACGCUCUGAGAAGGGGCGUCCGAUGCACCAGAAGAUCGCGGACGAGCUUUGGGCUGCAUCGCGUGGCGAGGGCAAGGCGAUGACCACUCGCGACCAGACCCACCGCAUGGCGGAAGCGAACAAGGCGUUCGCACACUUCGCUCGAUAA